AUGCGAAACAGGCCUCUUUCAGCUGCUGAAAUACAGAAUCACCCAGAGUUCCCAUACAUCACAUGGGACCUCAAGCCCAAGUCCAAGGGCAAGUUGUCCGUUGCAAAGAACAGAGGAGGUCCUCUUGAUAUCGCUUGGGAGGUGCAUGGAGAGGGUGAAAACAAGAUGGUGUGGAUCAUGGGACUUGGUGGACUCAAAGCUGCGUGGCAGAGACAAACCAAAGACUUUUCUCACACACAGGGAUCAAAGUAUUCAUCUCUAAUUGUGGACAACCGCGGUAUGGGAGAGAGUAGCAAGCCAAUGCAACGUUACUCGACCUCGGAGAUGGCAAAGGACCUUCUCGAAGUCAUCGAUCACGUCGGCUGGACAGCAGAGAGACAGCUGAACGUUGUCGGUAUUUCGAUGGGCGGUAUGAUCGCUCAAGAACUUGUAAGCGCCCCUUGCGAACCAAAAAUCGGCUUUGUGGAAAAUCUGCGCAACCGCAUUAACCUGUUCAUCCCUCGCAGCUUGGACGACCAAAUUGCCAACGUCAAGCACAACAUCUACACCCAAGCCUUCCUCGAUGCUCCAGAUUGUCUAGAAUACAAAGUCAAGCCCUUCCCUACUAAUGGCGACCGCUUCGCCGCACAGGAAGUCGCAAAGCGCAAGACUCCGCAACAUUUCAACCGUACUGGUUUCAUGGCACAGGCGAUUGCUGCAGGCUGGCACCACAAGACUGAUGCUCAGCUCAAGGAGAUUGGCGACAAGGUGGGCCAUGAGCGUAUCUUGGUGGUUCAUGGUACCAAGGACCGUAUGAUCACUUUCCCUCAUGCAAACAUGUUGCUGAACGGAUUGGGCGGUGAGGAGAGUGGUGUUCGUAAGGCCUUCUUCGAAGGCCAAGGGCAUGUGGUACCUAUCGAGCUCAGACAGGAGUUCAACAAGUUGAUUGAGGAAAUGGUGGAGAAGGGCAAGGCUCUCAAUGGCAAAGCAUAA